CGGAUGAAGGGGUCCUUUGGGGUGCUACACUCAGGGUCGCGGCUGUCGCGGGUGUCUGCUGGCAUUUGCUCGGUCUGGGACCUCUGUGCCUCCCUGGCCUCCGGAACCUCGGCUGGGCUACACGUCAGGUCCAGUUAGGAAACCUCCGCACACACCCGGGCCACUCAGGUAGCGAGGCCGAAGGCGCCUCGCUCGCCCAUCGACAGCUCGGCGCUCGGCUGCCCGGCGGAUCGACGCCCUCGGCGCUCCUGCGGGCGGAAGUGGAGGCGCCGCGGUUGGGGUGGCGGACCGGGAGCUCGUCGUUGGAGCAACUGCGGGCCGGUCUGUGCGGCUCGGGCGGGCUGCAGGCGGGCCGCAGAUUAGGUCUCCAGGGUGCUUAACAGAACACAAUGUCUCGAUCACUACAACCUCCCCUUGUGACAGGCAUCUCUCCGAAUGAAGGAAUACCAUGGACAAAGGUUACCAUUAGAGGAGAAAACCUGGGGACUGGCCCAGCUGACCUCACAGGUUUGACAAUUUGUGGACAUAAUUGCCUCCUGACAGCAGAGUGGAUGUCUGCAAGUAAAAUAGUAUGUCGAGUGGGACAAGCCAAAAAUGACAAAGGAGACAUUAUUGUAACAACCAAGUCAGGUGGCAGAGGAACCUCGACAGUCUCUUUCAAACUGCUUAAACCUGAAAAAAUAGGUAUUUUGGAUCAGUCUGCUGUGUGGGUUGAUGAAAUGAAUUAUUAUGAUAUGCGUACCGACAGGAAUAAAGGAAUUCCUCCCUUGUCACUUCGUCCUGCUAAUCCACUUGGCAUUGAAAUUGAAAAAAGUAAAUUUCCCCAGAAGGACUUAGAAAUGCUGUUCCCUGGAAUGAGUGCUGAUUUUACAAGUGAGAAUUUUUCAGCUGCCUGGUAUCUUAUAGAGAACCACUCAAAUACCAGUUUUGAGCAACUCAAAGCGGCAGUCACCAACCUGAAGAGACAGGCUAGCAAGAAGAGCGAAGGCAGCCUGGCCCACGCGAAGGGCGGCCUUAGUACCUUCUUUGAAGCACAGGAUGCCCUCUCGGCGAUCCAUCAAAAACUAGAAGCAGAUGGAACAGAAAAAGUAGAAGGAUCCAUGACGCAAAAAUUGGAGAAUGUUCUGAACAGAGCAAGUAAUACUGCGGACACAUUAUUUCAAGAAGUAUUAGGUCGAAAAGACAAGGCAGAUUCCACUAGAAAUGCACUCAACGUGCUUCAGCGAUUUAAGUUUCUUUUCAACCUUCCUCUGAAUAUUGAAAGGAAUAUUCAAAAGGGUGAUUAUGAUGUGGUUAUUAAUGAUUAUGAAAAGGCCAAGUCACUUUUUGGGAAAACAGAGGUGCAAGUUUUCAAGAAAUAUUAUGCUGAAGUAGAAACACGGAUUGGAGCUUUACGAGAAUUACUUCUGGAUAAAUUGCUUGAGACACCAUCAACCUUACAUGAUCAAAAACGUUAUAUAAGGUACCUGUCGGACCUUCAUGCUCCAGGAGACCCUGCCUGGCAGUGUAUUGGAGCCCAGCACAGGUGGAUCCUUCAGCUCAUGCACAGCUGCAAGGAGGGCUACGUGCAAGACCUGAGAGGUCACCCAGGCCUUCCCAGCCCCAUGCUGGAUGUGGAUAACGAUGUUCGUCCCUCCGCGCUCGGGCAUCUUAGUCAGACUGCAUCCCUGAAGAGGGGCAGCAGCUUUCAGUCCAGUCGAGAUGACACAUGGCGAUACAAAGCUCCCCAUCGGGUGGCAUUUGUUGAAAAAUUGACCAAGCUUGUUUUAAGUCAGCUGCCUAACUUCUGGAAACUCUGGAUUUCGUAUGUUAAUGGAAGUCUUUUCAGUGAGACUGCUGAGAAGUCAGGUCAGAUUGAAAGAUCAAAGAAUGUAAGGCAAAGACAAAAUGAUUUUAAGAAAAUGAUUCAGGAAGUAAUGCACUGUCUCGUGAAGCUGGUCCGUGGAGCCCUGCUCCCGCUCAGCAUCCCGGAGGGUGGAGUGAGGCAGUACGGAGGCUGGGAGGUGAAAUCUGAGCUCUCCGGACCGUCGCUGGCUCAUGUCAUCCAGACCGUAAGGCUUACUUAUGAGUCGUUGACUGCCCUCGAAAUUCCCAAUGACAUGUUGCAGACUAUCCAGGACCUCAUUCUGGAUCUCCGAGUACAUUGUGUGAUAGUCACAUUGCAACACACAGCAGAAGAAGUAAAGAGAUUAGCUGAAAAGGAAGACUGGAUUGUCGAUAAUGAAGGACUCACUUCUCUCCCAUGUCAGUUUGAACAGUGCAUUGUGCAUUCUCUGCAGUCACUUAAAGGAGUUCUAGAGUGUAAGCCUGGAGAAGCCAGUGUCUUUCAGCAACCCAAAACACAGGAGGAGGUUUGCCAACUAAGCAUCAAUAUUAUGCAGAUUUUUAUAUACUGUCUGGAACAAUUGAGCACCAAGCCUGAUGCAGAUAUAGAUACUACACAUCUUUCUGUUGAUGUUUCUUCUCCUGAUUUGUUUGGAAGUAUCCAUGAAGACUUCAGUUUGAUCUCUGAACAACGACUUUUGAUAGUCCUAAGUAAUUGCUGCUACCUAGAACGUCACACCUUCCUAAAUAUAGCAGAACAGUUUGAAAAGCACAACUUCCAGGGAGUAGUAAAAAUAACACAGGUUAGCAUGGCCUCAUUGAAAGAAUUAGACCAAAGACUCUUUGAAAAUUACAUUGAGUUGAAGGCAGAUCCCAUCGUUGGCUCUUUAGAACCUGGCAUUUACGCAGGCUAUUUUGACUGGAAAGACUGCCUUCCUCCAACAGGUGUCAGAAACUACUUAAAAGAAGCAUUGGUGAAUAUAAUUGCCGUGCAUGCAGAGGUGUUCACUGUUUCCAAAGAACUGGUGCCUCGGGUCCUGUCCAAGGUGGUGGAAGCAGUUUCUGAAGAGCUCAGCCGACUGAUGCAGUGUGUUUCGUCCUUCAGCAAACAUGGAGCUUUACAGGCAAGGCUUGAAAUCUGUGCUUUGAGGGAUACCGUGGCCGUGCACCUGACACCAGAAAGUCUAGCUUUAAACAGGCUUUGGAAGCCCUGCCUCAGCUUUCGAGUGGAGCAGAUAAGAAGUUACUGGAAGAGCUGCUGAACAAGUUCAAGAGCAGCAUGCACUUGCAGCUCACCUGUUUCCAAGCUGCUGCCUCAACUGUGAUGAAGACAUAAACACGUCUAUAAGAAGGGCAGUCCACAGAUAACAAGAAAUAGCAUUAUUCACUCUAAGUGCCCUACAGGUAUUUGUAUAUAAAGCACUAGGUUUGCAAUCUCUCUCUUUCUUCGCACAACUGGUAACUUAGAAAGUUGUUCGUGUAUGUUUCAUUUCAACCAAAAUGACCGUAUUUGAAAUGUCUAAGCAGUAUUUGAUUCAUCAUUUUUAUAACAUUAGGUCCUGUAUGACUUUAAAACACCUUUAAAAAUGUAUAUACAUAAGUAUAUAUACUUAGUGAAAUGUUGCAUGGCAGAUCCUGCAGGAAGACUCGCUUUUACAAGGAGUGUUUCUGAGAUGUGCGUGAGUGAAUGAACUAAAGCACCUUUCAGUGUCUUUUUUACUGGACUUUUGAUGUCAGCAGCUUCCAGGCCAUAUGGAGAGAGUGCAACUAUACUUUACUUCACACAAAUAGCUCUAACUCUCUCAAUUAGAGUGGAUUUUUAGAAAAAUGUGUAGUCUGCAUUAAAAAAAUGCUAUCUUUGGGGCAGAUUAUUUGUGGUCCAGAUGUCCCUGGGUUACUCUGCAUUUUGCCGCCUUGUUUUACGUUCACAGUGCUGGUAAGCACUAAGCACCCUUUUGGAGUGGCUUUUUUCUCUCCCCCACUCUUAAUUUGAUGUGUCAUUUCACGUCAGUGUGUUGCCUGUUCUCGAGAACCUGUGAUGAGGCUCAGCUCCCCAGUGGGUGUGGGUGGGAGCAGCCGUGGUCUGCGGGGCCUCCUCGGGAACAUGCGCCCAGCGGCAGCUGCCAUCCUGCUCUUCGGUAGCUUCCUUUCUCUCCACCACUCCUGCCCAUGGAAGUGCCUGCUCCGCAGCUGCCAGAAGGCUGCUCUGGCCUGGCCUGAGAUCUCUGACAGAGAAAGACAUCCCUCCAGCAGCAGGCAGUGGAAGCUGCUGACGAGCCAUGUGCCAUGCGCCCCACAUUCUCUGCUGACUUCAUUUACCAGAACACUCAGGUCACUGACCUCUUUCAGAGUUGGCUUCCCCCGCCUAACUUCACAUCAUUCAGAAAAGUGACUAAUUCUCUAUUUAUGGUCUACGUGUCAGGGUUUUCAAACUUUUCUAUGGAUGUUGCAGAAUCUCCCUCGUUAAUGCUGGAAUUAAUAUCUUUGUUAAUACAAGUUAUAUCUUUGUUAAUACAGCAUACCCGCAUACAGUAUCUGUUGUUUGAAAUCAAUGUUGUCCCAUUUGUUCAUUUCCUAUUGGGGGGGGUGGCACCAGAGUAACUGGAAGUAAAAGUUUAAUCUUUUACAAGUGUACUUGAUAAAGCUUUUUAAGAAAUACACAGAAUAUUGUCUCUCCUAAGCAUGUUGACUGUUAUAUCUAAGAUGACUAUGAACUAAAUUACAGAACUGCAAUCCUGAAUGUGUUAUUUAAAAUACCUAGUACAGAGCAUUCAGCCAAUAAAGAAUGUAUCUUCAGUACAACAUUUAGUUGACAUUUUUUCCCUAUACAUCUUUAUUUCAAUAUUUUCCUUAGCUAUAUAACUUUUUAUGUAUGGUUUUAAUAUUCAAAAUAAAUACUUAAAUUCCUAUUGACCUUA